CCCAUUCUCAAUCUCACUCUAUAUGAACCGCACAAAUUAAACGAGAAACUGACUACGUCACGUCUCUCUCUUGGUUCUGUAGAUGUAAUCAUUAUCCAUUGAUUCGAUCCUUCUCGCGUUAUAAUUUGAGAGAGAAAAAGCUAAAUUAUCGUUCUCUGGUUUGAUCUGAGUCUCACCAUGGUAUCUUCUUCACUAUCUGCUCCAAGGCCAACACAAACCAAACAAGAUUACCUCCAAACCCUGUUAGACUCUGCUCGUCCCUUCCUCCGCGAUGAGCUCCACACUAUUGAUCCCCACUUGCCGUCGCUUAUCGCCGUCCUUCGCUCGGUCGGCGCCGGCGAGUGCUGGCACAAACACGGCACUUUCCUCCAACACCUCAUCGACAUCUUCCGCAUCCUCCAUCUCUGGAAAGCCCCAUAUUCUGUGUCCCUCUGCGGUCUCUUCCACUCUGCUUACUCCAAUUCCUACGUUAACCUCGCCAUCUUCGAUCCCUCCACCGGCCGUGAAACCGUUCGCUCUCAUGUUGGCGACGAAGCCGAGCGUUUGAUUCAUUUGUUCUGUGUUGUCCCCAGGCAGCCGAUUAUUCACGACGAUCUGUUGUUCCACUACGCCGAUUCCGAACUCGUUGAACACCUCAAGUUCUCCGAGUUAUCGCUCCGGAAUGCGAAGGAGGAGGGGAUCUUCAACGGCGAAGAAAUUUGGAGGAAGAAAUUGCAGAGUCUGCUUCCUGCUGAAGGGAUAACCGUGAAGCAUAUCCGUACUGGAGAAGAUGUUCAUGUUUCUAGAAGGAUCGUUGCAGUCUUCCUGUUGAUGACUGUCGCGGAUUUCAGCGACCAACUGUUUGGUUUCCAGGAUACGCUUUUCGAAAACUCCAACGGCCGCCUUGAAUUCUCCGGGAACAACUUUGAAGCCCUUUGGCCAGGAAACGGGAAGCCAGGAUUGUGGUUGAAUUCGAUCUCGAGAAUGGCAGCUUUGUACAAUUUAAUAGUGAGAGAGGAAGAGAUAUUCUUGGAAGAGCAGAAAACAAAAACCGCAGGUAACACCAAUACUGAUCACAGUGAUAAAGAUGAAGAUAUUGAGCUGCCGGUGCCGCCAUUGUUCGAGAAUUGCACGAGAGUUUUGGAUGCGAAUGAUCAAAUAGUUGCGAGGGACAUGUAUUGUGAAGCUGUGUGUGGUAAUAAUGUGGCGAGUCAGAAAGCUGAAGAGCUAUUGAAGGGAAGUAUUGAGAAGAAUCCAUUUGUAGGAGAGCCACAUGUGGUGUUGAGUCAGGUUUAUUUGAGCAAAGGGAGAUUUGACGAGGCAGAGAAAGAAGCAGAGAGAGGAUUGAGACUGUUGCUGGAAUGGGGAAGUCCUUGGGACAAGAGGAAUUCAUGGGAAGGAUGGAUUGCUUGGGCAAGAGUUUUGUUCAUGAAGGCCAAGGACAAAUCUUGGCCUAACACUUCUUGGGGCAUCCUCAAUUUGGGUCUUGUCAAGUAAUCUCAUCCAUCAAGUUCAAUCAUACGCAUACCUGUUAUUAUGUGUCUAACUUAUAAUAAAACGUGGAAGCUGUACUUAUCUACCUAUCUAUAAAUAUGUCGGUGGUGUUAAUUAUA